UUUUUUUUUUACUCUGGGCUAUUUCAUCAUCUGCACUGAAAAAAAAAAGCCCGAUCAUUUGAAAUCAGACACUCACCACCAAGCUCUAUGUUACCUACUCUACCAAUGCACAUCUCCCAUACCAUUUUCUUAACACUUUUCACACACUUAGUUCUUGCCAACACUGAAACCUACCUUCUCUCUAUACCAAAGGACUUCUUGCAAGAGGAGUACAACAAGUAUCUCAACAUAUCGCAGCAUUACAAAUUACCACAGCCCGACAAUGCCGUAGCCAAACUCUCGCCUAACACCGACUAUCAGCUAUUAUUGCCAUAUGCUGUUUCCAACUCUGUGGCCUUCGAGCUCGACUUGAUCCCAUUUUUCUACAUAGCAAAUAUCACUGACAUUGCGGAAACUUCCCGUGACUUGAAGUUCCUUGUCAAGCUUUGCUGGCAGGCGUUGAACCCGUUUGACUUCUUUAUUAGCCACCAGUACGUGUAUGAGGACGUUCCGAUCAUCAAGCGCAACCAUGACAUCACAGUUCAGGUUCCCAAGAUUUUAAUCACCGUGAGCUACAAGCACGACGCCGUGGCUCUCCGCGAAUAUGCUGACCUAAGCCGCCCUGAAUUCGAUCUAGACACGGAAUUGAGCAUUAUGCUACACGUUGGGGAAAUUGGUGGUAGCUUUGCCGUUAUCCGGCACUCGUUGAAGAGCUGGCUCCUCUCUGCGGUCAACUUACCUGACUUUAUGUUGCCGUUGCUCGGGUUUGUGCUCAGCGUGGUCGUCGUCAGCGUCAGCGCCUGUGGCUACGUCUACGAGUGGUUGUUAAACUGUUGAGGGGAUUCACGAGAAAGGCUAAAUGACCCAAAGACUGGCGGGGGUUCAGCUAGCGCUAAGAGUAUCGUGUUUGUCGAUAGUGCCAGUCAGACUCUAAGAAACCUCCAUUGAGGCAAAAACGAAGGGGAUAUUAAUUACGGGUUUGAAUUAUGCAUAUAAAUAAGAAAUAUUUAUUAUAUUGGGCUCGAAAAGGUUUGUGCACGGAUAAUUGUGGAGGGUAUUGUACAAGUAGGGUUGUCCAAGUAUAUAGCGCUUGCAGCAAUUAUCAACCGUGGCUACAGCGUUACAUUCAGGCCGCAGACUCAGGACUUAUCUAGAAACAUAACAAUACUCCAAAUAUAUCGAAAAACCAUAUUUUUUUAUAACCAUUAAUCAGUAUAACAAA